ACCAGUUUCACACUUCCAAUCCAUCCAAUAUAUAAGGCAGCCCUUGCAGCCAAAUUAUCACACAACACACAGCAAACACAACCAACACUGCAAACAUAACAAUAGCAGCGGGAAGCAACACUGCCUCCACGCAUGGCCACCAGAUCAUCGCUUGCGCAACUGCUGCUCAUAGCAGUAGCUGCUGCACAAAUUGUUGGGUCACUCGCUGGUGGCAUUUCCAUAUAUUGGGGUCAGAAUGGUGGCGAGGGCACACUGGCUGACACCUGCGCCACCGGCAACUACAAGUUUGUCAACUUAGCCUUCCUCGCAGCCUUUGGCAAUGGCCAGCCCCCGGUGCUCAACCUGGCAGGCCACUGUGACCCGACCAGUGGUGGCUGCACCAGCCUGAGCGCCGACAUCAAGUCAUGCCAGAGCAAUGGUGUCAAGGUUAUGCUAUCGAUUGGUGGUGGUGCAGGCAGCUACUACCUGUCCUCGGCCGAUGAUGCCAAGAAUGUGGCCACAUACCUGUGGAACAACUUCUUAGGUGGGCAGUCCUCUUCUCGCCCCCUCGGUGAUGCGGUUCUUGAUGGCAUAGACUUCGACAUCGAGGGCGGCACCAACCAGCACUGGGAUGAUCUUGCAAGGUACUUGAAAGGUUACAGCAACUCUGCCAGGAGGGUGUACCUGACUGCUGCGCCUCAGUGCCCGUUUCCUGAUGCCUGGGUCGGUGGAGCUCUCAACACCGGCCUGUUUGACUACGUCUGGGUGCAGUUCUACAACAACCCUCCCUGCCAGUACAGCUCAGGCAGCACCACUGACCUUGCAAGUGCAUGGAAGCAGUGGCUGUCAAUUCCGGCGAAGCAGAUCUUUCUUGGCCUGCCAGCUUCACCUCAGGCAGCAGGAAGCGGGUUUAUACCAGCUGAUGAUCUGAAGUCCCAGGUUCUACCAUUGAUCAAGAGCUCUGGAAAGUACGGUGGGAUCAUGCUGUGGUCCAAGUACUAUGAUGACCAAGAUGGCUACAGUUCUUCAGUCAAGAGUGAUGUUUAAGUGGGGAUGCCUCUGGUGUAACGAUUUCCUGUGUGCUUCUUGUGCUGUGUGAGCAUUUCACCCUAUGCUUUGUGAGUAGCUGUGUGUAAUUGCAAUAAUUAUUAUUUGUGGAUUGGAUUGGACCUGCUAUAUCCAUUGUUCUGGCUUCAAGAAAUUCAAAACUACAAAACUAUCUUGUAUUUUAUUUAUUUCAAUUGGAGGCUAUUGGCUUUCAUAAAUGGCAUCAAAUUCUAAUGCAAAAAUGGCUGGUCCAA